AUGGAUUCCCAGCGGGAACUUGCAGAGGAACUGCGGCUUUACCAAUCCACCCUUCUUCAGGAUGGUCUAAAAGAUCUCCUGGAUGAGAAAAAAUUCAUCGAUUGCACACUAAAAGCAGGUGACAAAAGUCUUCCUUGCCACAGAUUGAUUUUGUCAGCUUGUAGUCCUUACUUCCGUGAGUAUUUUUUAUCUGAAAUUGAUGAGGCAAAAAAAAAGGAGGUAGUACUAGAUAAUGUGGAUCCUGCUGUACUGGAUUUAAUCAUUAAGUACCUGUACUCUGCCAGUAUUGAUCUCAACGACGGAAAUGUGCAAGAUAUUUUUGCAUUGGCCAGCCGCUUUCAGAUCCCCUCUGUGUUCACUGUCUGUGUUUCUUAUCUUCAGAAAAGACUUGCUCCUGGUAACUGUCUAGCUAUCCUAAGAUUAGGGCUUCUUCUUGACUGCCCGAGACUUGCCAUCUCUGCCCGUGAAUUUGUGUCUGAUCGCUUUGUACAGAUUUGUAAGGAAGAGGACUUCAUGCAACUGUCUCCACAGGAGCUGAUCUCAGUCAUUUCCAAUGACAGCCUAAAUGUAGAAAAGGAAGAAGCGGUAUUUGAGGCAGUGAUGAAAUGGGUGCGAACAGACAAAGAAAACAGGGUUAAAAACCUUAACGAAGUGUUUGAUUGUAUCCGUUUUCGCCUUAUGACAGAGAAAUAUUUUAAAGAUCAUGUUGAGAAAGAUGAUAUAAUUAAAAGUAACCCAGAACUCCAGAAAAAAAUCAAAGUUCUCAAAGAUGCCUUUGCAGGCAAACUCCCAGAACCUAGCAAAAACACAGAGAAGGCUGGGGCUAGUGAGGUGAAUGGUGAUGUUGGUGAUGAAGAUUUACUUCCUGGUUACCUGAACGAUAUUCCCAGGCAUGGAAUGUUUGUCAAAGACCUCAUCCUCUUGGUUAAUGACACAGCUGCAGUGGCUUAUGAUCCCACGGAAAAUGAAUGCUACCUUACUGCAUUGGCUGAGCAGAUCCCCAGAAAUCAUUCCAGCAUUGUUACCCAGCAAAAUCAGGUGUACGUGGUAGGAGGCCUCUAUGUGGAUGAAGAAAAUAAAGAUCAACCUCUACAGUCGUACUUCUUCCAGCUUGAUAAUGUAGCAUCUGAGUGGGUUGGACUUCCACCUCUGCCUUCAGCCAGGUGUCUCUUCGGUCUGGGAGAAGUAGAUGACAAAAUCUAUGUAGUUGCAGGCAAAGAUCUUCAAACAGAGGCUUCGCUGGAUUCAGUAUUGUGCUAUGAGCCUGUGGCAGCCAAAUGGAAUGAAGUUAAAAAACUUCCUAUCAAAGUCUAUGGCCAUAGUGUGAUUUCACAUAAGGGGAUGAUAUAUUGUCUCGGAGGAAAGACAGAUGACAAAAAGUGUACAAACAGGGUGUUUACCUACAACCCCAAAAGAGGAGACUGGAAAGAUCUGGCUCCAAUGAAAACCCCUCGUUCCAUGUUUGGAGUGGCAGUCCAUAAAGGCAAAAUUGUGAUUGCUGGAGGCGUCACUGAAGAUGGUCUUUCAGCUUCAGUUGAAGCUUUUGACCUCACCACCAAUAAGUGGGAAGUAAUGACUGAAUUUCCCCAAGAAAGAAGUUCCAUCAGUUUGGUCAGCCUGGCUGGAUCCCUGUAUGCCAUUGGUGGUUUUGCCAUGAUUCAGCUGGAGUCUAAAGAAUUUGCACCCACUGAAGUCAAUGACAUAUGGAAGUAUGAAGAUGAUAAAAAAGAAUGGGCUGGAAUGUUGAAAGAAAUACGUUAUGCUUCAGGAGCUAGUUGCCUAGCAACACGGUUAAAUCUCUUCAAACUGUCUAAGCUAUAAACAAGAAGGUGAAAGACCAUAAUAGAUAGGGAGGUGGUCUGUUUGGAUAAUAGGGCUUUAAUUUAUUGUUUUUAAAAAGGCUAUACAGAGAU